ACUGGGGUCCCUAUAAGAACCGCUCGUCAGUGUCAACAAACAAUGGAGGACGACAAGAGUACGAAGCAGGAGUCCGAUCACGACGACACCCACCACGACACCCACCACGACACCAAAGCUACACCCAGCAAGAAGAUUGAUGUAUUGUUAAAAGCAACUGGUGAUGCUCCAAUCAUGAAGAAGAAAAAAUGGGCGGUAGAAGGAGAAAAACCAGUAGGAUGGGUUGCAGAGUUUAUUCGUAAAUACCUCAAGAUGGAGCCCUCCGACACUUUGUUUGUGUACGUAAACCAAAGCUUUGCACCGGCGCCUGACCACAUCAUCAGGAACUUAUACGAGUGCUUCGGGUCUGAUGGCAAGCUGGUCCUACACUACUGCAAGACACAAGCUUGGGGAUAAUACUUGUACUUGUAUGCCCAUUUUUUCAUUAAUUGUAAAUACUGUACUGUAUAUUGAUCGAGUUAAUUUUUUAUAAGAUAUACAUUUUUCCUCUAGUAUUGUAAAUCUAAAGACAAACUAUAGAUUGCUCCAGUUCCAUUCUGAAAAAGUUCAUUUGUAUGUAUGUAUAAAGUAUGUUUUAAUAUGCUUCUCCUUUUAAUGUCAAGUCUUUAUUACCCAUUUAAUUUUGUCAGAUGUACAAAGUAUGAAUUAUGGUUUUGCAUUUCUACAACCAAUAAUAUUUUGAUAGGCUUUUUAGGAAAUUAGUCAUAUAAUUAAUGAUAAUGUUGAUAUUGCAUUAUUGUUAUUUAGUAGAGGUUUUUCAAGUAUAAUUCAUAUGCCAGUUACUGAACAAAAAGAGGAUUUUAUAUCCAAUUUAGUAAUGCAUGUAUUUAGCAUCUCACUGACUUGGUGAAGAGUAAUGUUUUCUUGCAUAAUUUUAUUAUUAUCCUUAUACUGUAUGAAGAAACCUUGCUAUACUUAUUACUGUAACAAAUUAAUUACCAACAGUUAUGUAAAAUGAAUGAUGUGUAUAAUACGUGGAAGUUAUUUUUUUUACUGUGUGAUAUUUCUGUUACUAAAUAAAUAGCAUAAAGAUAUUGUAUA